AUGUCAAUUACCAAAUUGCAACCUGACUGGUGGAUCGAACUCGAGAACACAUACGAAGAGCGAAUCAAGCAACGGAAAUCUCUAUUCGCAAAGCACGGCGAAGCAGUCCUUCAGGCUCUACCAGGCUCGGAGCUUGCCUGCAAAGAACUCAUGGAGAUGGUACUGCAAUUCGUGUGCGCCAGGUACCCACAUUACUUCCACUUAUCAGCAGACAACAAGACAUUUCACAAUGGCAUACUAAAGAAAGACACCGAUCUCACCACCACGCCACCCUUGCACGUUCUCCUGAACAACAUCCCCGAAGACUUCGCCAUCAUGCUACGAAACGAGAAGACAGGACUAUACGUGUUCCGCGCAGGCAUCAUAUGCAGUGCGCUCGGUUGGAACGUAGGCUCGAAGAUCAGUCUCGAACUCGCCGACAUACACAAACCCAUUCCAGACUACAAGGAGAAGAUGCAGUUCUCCAUGGACAGAUACUUCGCCAAAAAGCCGACAGACAAACCCAUUCAACGCGGCUCCUGGGGCCUAGAAAUCGACACACCCCUCUACAUGCCCCCCGGCGACCCCCACGAGGCCGUCCGCAAGCAACAACUUCCCGCCUCUGAACUCCCCGUAUCGCGCAUCCACCUCCGCGUAGACUGGCAGACGCUGCGCAGGCUCCCACUUUCAGGCGCCGUCGUGUUCAACUUCAAAGCGCUGUUUACCCCGAUUGAGGAGUUUAGGGAGGAGAAAUGUGUGCCGGGGUUGUUGCUCAAGGUGCUGAACGAGGGGAAGAAGGAGUUAAUGGAGUAUAAAGGGACGUGGCAUGUUGAGCACGUUGUCAAGCCCAAGUUGGCGGAGUGGCAUAGAGAACAGGUUGAGAAGGGGUUGGUGAGCGAGGACUGGGAACCCCAGACUCUAGAUGAGAGUCCUUGGUUUGAAGGGUGGGAGGGGAAGUGGAGGAAGAGGCAGGGGUUUUGA